ACACCAGACACUUCCAUUGUAAGAAAAAAAACUGUUUACGAUUAGUCAGUCCUGUUACCUGCUAAUGGUUUAAAUAUAAUGGAAAAUGCCCCUCAGUUAUAUUCUUCCCAUAAUUGGGCUGAAAAAACUGUGGACAGCACACGCGUGAACACCCCACCGUCUAAACUGGACGAAAUCUACGACAUUCAAAAGUGCGUUGCAUGGAUUAAAGAGAAUAACUUCCUAAAAGUUUGUCUACAAUUCCCGGAUCAUUUAUUACCCGACUCAUCGGACGUAGCUUUAAAAUUGCAACAGUUACUGGGCCAAACAGUUUACAUAUUAGGCGACACAGCUUAUGGAAGUUGUUGCAUCGAUUAUGUAGCUGCUGCCCAUAUUAAUGCAGACUCAAUAAUUCAUUAUGGACCCACAUGUUUGUCUAAAAGCUCAGAUAAUAUUCCACACAUGAACGUUUAUGAAAAACUACAUUUAAAUACUGCUGAGCUUAAAAGUGCCUUAAGUAAAAUUUAUGAGGAUAUCAUAGGGGAUGUUUGUUUAGUUUUAGAUGAUGGAUAUGUGCAUUUUUAUGAUUCCAUUUUACAAGAGUUUGCAGACUUAGAAAGGUUAUUGGUGAAAGAAGUUAAUCAGUUUACAAACCUGGACAAUAAAUCUGUAAUUUUUAUUACCAACAAUCAAAGAAAGUUGAUGAACUUUGCCUUAAGCAUGAAAAUCAAUUCUCUGUAUUAUUAUGACCCGCCAGACAUAAAACCAUAUGAGUCUGACCAAAGAAUUAUUAAAAGAAGAUAUUUUCUAAUGGAGAAAAUUAGGGAUGCAAGCACUAUAGGGAUUGUUAUAGGCACCCUGGGGGUGAAAAACUACCUGGAAGUAAUAGAGAGAUUGAAAAGGAUAAUUGAAAAGAGAGGGAAAAAGUAUUAUUUAAUUAGUGUCGGUAAGCCUACUGUGGCCAAAUUAGCAAAUAUAGGAGAAGUGGAUGUUUAUGCCAUAAUAACUUGUUCCAUGAAUGAAAUUUAUGACAGCAGGGACUUUUAUAAGCCAAUAGUUACCCCUUACGAUGUAGAAAUGGCUUUGAACUUUAUGGAUUUAAUCUCCAAUAACAUACAAUUCUCUUAUGACUAUAACAGUUACCUAAGCCAUUUGGGCGAUAUACCCAAUAUAGAAAAUACAUCACAGGAGUCCGAUGUUAGUCUUUUAACUGGUAAAGUGAGGUCCUUUGUACCAGAACCUGUAAAAGAAAGCCUCCAAAACAGCACUGAAAUAGCCCUAAAAACCGAAGGAACUGUAGCCCUAAAUAGCAAUUAUGGUGCUGGAUAUUUAAGUGAAAGAUCUUGGAAGGGUUUGGAGCAAAAUUUAGGACAAAGUGAGGUUAAGUUGGCCGAGGAAGGAAAGACUGGUUUGGCGCAAGGUUAUGAUAACGAGAAGAUUUUGUUAGGAUUAAAUGUUGAAUAAAGUUGUGAGGUUAUGUUUUUUAAA